CUUCCGACCCAUUAAAUAUCAAACGGGGUCUGGACAGGGGCCCUAGAAACUAUUCACCUGUGAUCUUGGACUGAAGCCGGCCUUACGUGCUGCUGUAGGGCCUGUCGCAGAUAUUCUGUCACGUAUCGAUACAUCCGAGCAAUUCAAAAUGUCGGCCUCGUCUUCUUUACCCGUAGAGCUGCGGAAGCUCUCGGACGAUGUCUAUGUUUAUGAUCCCCGAUUGGACUCACUAGGUCACCGCAAUAGUACCGGUGACCCUACGGUUGUUGUGCUAUACACGUGGGCUGAUGCAUCUGUACGGCUAGUUCAGAAAUACUUCCAGGGCUACCGAGAUCUUUACCCAUCCGCAAAAAUUGUUAUUGUAAUGGCCAAGACGACGAAGACUUUCUUCUCCGGGCAAGAGACGAACAAAUCCACAGUGAGGGAGAUGGUAGUCAAGGAAUUGUGGCCUCCCAGCGGUACGACAAGUCCACCAUAUCGUGGAAAGUCACAAUCCCACAUCCUCAUGCAUGCAUUCUCCAACAGUGGCGGCGUCAACCUUGAAGCAACCUCGCUGGUGUGGCAUGCAUUGCAACAGAGCGUGGGCCAGCCCAUCGGCCCGCUCCCAAUCCAAGGCCUCAUUCUGGAUUCGACACCGGGUGGCUCUUCCUUUUCUCGUGAAUUCUUCCGCUGGACAGCCGGAGUGGCCCUCGGGUUUGCGUUUUUACCCAAAGUCUUAGCAAAGCUCGUUGCGAUUAUGAUAGUGCUUGUGCGUUUCGGGUUACCGGGCGUGGUCGGAAAGGAAAUACUUCCUGUUCGCGGCCGGAGAGUUGUAAAUUCGUCUGAUUACAUCCCGACAACCAGCGGACGACUGUACAUCUACUCAGAUUCGGAUCCCUUGAUCGGAGACAAGGACAUCGAGUCGCACGCACGUGAAGCCAAGGCGAAGGGUUAUGGCAAGGUUGAGCUGGAGAAGUUUAAUGGCUCAGGGCAUGUGGCACACAUGCGGCAGGAUCCGAAAAGGUACUGGGCUGUGAUUUCAAGGUUUUGGGAGAAUUCUUGUGCGUAAAUUUGGAUUAUAGUUCUAAAGUGACUGUACGGAACCUAUGUACUAGUUUGUGUCAAUUAUGGAAGUGUGGUAGGCGGUCAACAAU